CUUAUUAAGAGAAAUUGGUCCAUAUGUUUGCACCCUAGUAGUUGUAUAAUUAAGGAAAACUUAUACAACCGGGGAAGAAACCCGUGCACUCUUUCAGAAAACUGGAACUGAACCCACGUUACCUGUCGUUUCAGUGUUGCAACAACUCACUCUUGAGUAGUGAAAUUUAAGCUCCUCUUAGUCCUAGUUUGGAUUCGACUACCCUGUUUUGAGUCUGUCUCUGACUCUCUAAGUGGAGUUUGGGGUCGUGGGGAUGGAGGCCAUGGUGAAGAAGUAUCAGCAGAGGUUCAGGAAGGUGAGGGAUGAGAUGAACAGCUGGGCCGUGCUUCAGUCUCGCUUGAUUUCGCAAUUCAGGAACGCCUCCUCCAUCAUCCAGAGGUUGCAGGUGCUUCAAGAUUCCAAGAAUUAUGGCUGUUUGAAAGAUGUCGUCGGUAUUGAAGAGGCACUACUGGCAAAGCAGAUGGACUCGCUGCAAAACAUCUUGCUCUCCAUGAAGAAAACCAUGGAAGAGUUUCAUGUUAUUGUAUUGUCUCUCGGGAAGAUUCAUCGCGAUGGUAGGCAGAUGGUAAAGGGCGGUGGUUCUAGUCAGUUGAGUGUAAAACAACUGCAGCAACGAGUUGGUGUAAAACCCAGUCUUGCGGAUUGCUUGGAUGGGCUUAUGCUUCUUCAGGACAUGCAUUGCUCUGAGUACCUUUUGAAGUCAUCAUUGGUUACGGCGCUCUCACAACUUACCUUGAAACCCAGUGCCAGUGAUUUGGGUGCACUCCAGCAGCUCUUGGUUGAUCAGCCUAACAUCCCCAAGGAGGAAGUCCAAUUCAUCUUUGAUAUCAUAUUUGCCGAAGACAUUUGUUGACAUUCGCUGGAACAUUGGCUGCAAGCUUCAGAGCUCUGGACGGAAGCAGUUUG